AUUGAAAGAGAAGAAUCUGAACAGACAAUUUAUUUUCUAGGUUGAAGUAGUUCAAAGGAAAUAAGACAAACAAAAACAGCAGAACCAAUAAAAGGAAAAAACGUAAAAGCAAAGAAAAUCAAAGGAAGUUCUUUUGGAGCGUUUGAUAUUUUGUAUAUUAGUAUAGUAACAAAAUGGCUGAUAGGCUUACUCAGUUACAGGACUGCAUCAAUAAGCAAGCAGAACAUUUUUGUAAUAGUAUUGGGAUUCUUCAGCAGUCUGCUCCUCCUAGUAAGUUCCCAAAUUUCGAUAGAAGUGGAUCCCAGACUCCUCAGCAACAACAAAAUCAAGAAGACUAUGUUCAAUUAUUCACAACAUUGAUAUCAAGAUGUGCAAAAGACAUUGACACACUUAUUGAAUCACUGCCUAGCGAAGAAAGCUCUACAGAGUUACAGCAUGCAAGUUUACGAAUUUUGGAACAAGAAAACCAAGAAGCAGCAGAGAGAUUAGAAGCUGUUGUACAAAAUGGGCAACAGCUGCUAGAAAGGAUACAAGCUGCCUUAAGUGAUAUUGCUCAAGCUCAACUUGAUAUGCAACACCUAUCGAAAAUUGCUACAGGUGGAAGAGAAUAAAUGGCUACAAUCACUACAAAUAUUUCUGUUUUCAUUUUACACUUGAUAUCACUGUUUAAUCAUUUGGACAUAGAUUAAAAAAUCAAAGAUUGGUAGGAACCUUAUUGUUCAGGACAAAAUUGUUGGCGUCAGAUGAAGACAUUCUUGUUAUAUAAGUGAUGUAGUAGGUAAGAGUCAUAAUCAAAUGUGUUUUAGAUAAUUACCUGAAAGUCAAACACUGAUUAUCCAUACUCUAAGAUGAGUGAAUCUAGAAAUGUUAUGAAAAUAACAGCCAGUGUCCUUUUGAUUCACACAUGAUUUUUAGAGUAGUAAUGAAAUGAAUUUAAGUCAGUUUGAUAAAAAAUUUAAAUCAGAAAGGUGACAUAUUCUGGGGGUACAUACAUAUAACAUAUUAUACAGUGUGCGUCGGUCAAAUUGAAUUUCUAUUGAAAGUUCUCAAAAAUUAUUUCAUAUAAAGGUUUUGAAAUAUCUUAUAAUAUACAUGGUACCGAGUAGAAGCGUGUCCUAUAAAAUUCAGUUUUAUUUAAUGUAAUAAGAUGUUGCUCUCCCCCAUUUGGAUAUCAUUUUUUCAAUACUGAGAUAAUUGAUUUUUUCUAAUGGAACACUCAAUAUUUCAUUCAAGACGUAAUUUCUCCUUGGAAAGCUCUUUAGGUAUAGGUAAAUAAGUAGUAGUUAGACAGUUAUAACAAAAAUAGUUUCAAGAAUAUAUUAUUUUCAACAUUGAACUUCUUCAGCAAAAAACUCGAAAAUCAAAUCUCAGGAUGAAAUAAAUUAGAUACAGACUAUCAAUAGGUCUUCUGGUGAUCAAUAAAUCAUCAAUCAAAUUAUGCUAAAAAUGUAUUUUGUGUUUGUUGAACUCUCUAGAACCACUAGGUAUAUACACUCAUGAAAAUGCAUAUUUUUAAACAGCUUUUUGCAAUGAAAUCAAAUGUUGUUCCAUUUAUAAAAAUCAAGAAAAAAUUGUUUUCAAAUUUUGAUUCACCUAGAAAAAUAGUUUUAGGUCAAAUUAUCAAUAGAUCAAACAAUUUUAUAAUGAAACAGACUUUUCAAAUGACUUUUUAAUGAAUAUAGCAUGGUUGAACAAAUCAUCUUUGUGACAUAUUUUGCAUAACUUCUGAGCUUGUGUAAAUUUUUGACUAUUCAGAGGCAGUUUACUCUUCUAUGUGUAAGUUCUCUUGUCUUUUUUUCAUGGUGCAUUCAUUGUUUGCAUAUAAAGGCUCAGAAGUGACAAACGUCCGUAUCUUAUUUCUGCCAGACGUUCAUUCUGUGUGAAUCAGAACUUAGAUUUGGAUUUGUCAUGAGCAUUUUUCAAACCAUUCUAUUUGUUUGAAAAAUCUGGGUCUCUGUGUGUGUCAUCACUUGUAUGUCUCCGUCAGACAUUUCAUCAAAUUCAUGAGUGGCAACCCUUUAUCCAUGACAAUUGCUACCAAACCAAAUAAAACGGGGUCUACUAGUACCAUUUAUAAUGAUCUACUCUUCUGUAUUCAAACUUCUGACGAAUAAUAAUACCUCAUUCCGUACACCAUACUUUUAUUGGAUACUUUGUAUAUUGUAGAAUAUUUUGAAAGAGCCCAAUGAAUUUGUAUCUAAAAAAAACUUUCAUAAGGAAUAUUUUUAGUAACUUCACUUCUUCAUCUCGAAUUUGAAGUGACACAUACUGUAUAUUAUUUCACCAUGUGAAAAUAGUACCAUUAUAAUUAACCUUGAUGUUUCUUCACUGCUGCCUGAGAAAUAACUCAAAAAUUCAGGAUUAAAAAUUAUACAGAAUCUAUUGAAACUUCGAAAGGCAUUCAAUAAGUGAAUUAUGUAGACAAUAUGUUUGGUGAUUUUAAAUAUUUGCUUUGCGAAUUUGCCUUUAUUCAUGGUAGUGUAUUAUUGUAGAACAGGGUAUCUUGAUGUAGGUUUUUUGAUGAUCCUUCUUGGCAGGAAACUCUUAACCUAUUCUGCAUUUUUGUAAGACUGUGUUUUUGGUAUUGAAAUAAAUAUUUGUUUUUUUAA